CUUAUGAAACCCGCCUUCUGAUCUGUGAUUGGCUAAGUCACAUUUAUUUACCCUCACUCACCAAUCGGAGAGGUCUACUUCAUAAAGCGGGAUACUAACCAGCCAAUCGUAACGCCUGAGGCGGGAUUAGAAGUGUGUGAGGGAGAAACCGUGUUGAAUGGCAGAGAGCGCGAGAGGAAUUAAAUGUGAUAUAGUUUAAUGAACACAUUAGUGCUGUAGAGUCGUGUAAGAUGAAGUGUGUGUCUCUGCACCAUGACUUCAGUCCAGGUGACGUUGUGUUUGCUAAAAUGAAAGGGUAUCCUUUCUGGCCUGCUCGGAUUGCUGUUGGAAAGGCUCCAAGGAAUAAGAUCCCAAUCUUCUUUUAUGGAACACACCAGACAACAACUCUAGUUUCCAAGGACAUUGUGCAUUACUGGCCCAACAAAGAGAAAUAUGGGAAGCCCAUCAAACGAGGAGGUUUUCAAUUGGCCAUGUGGGAGAUUGAAAAUGACCCAGGGGUUGGUCUCAAAGGUCAAAAGAAGGCCGAUAUGGUGAGGAAGGUGAAGGAAAUGCGGAAGAAGCAGAGGACUGCAGAAAAGAAGACGACUCCGAAGACAAAUGAAGCCAGCUCUUCUCCUGUAGAUGCAACUCCGUUAAGAGAUGAUAAAACACCUGUAAAAGACCGCACCACCCUGGUAAAAACCUCCACCUCAGAGUCGCCGGCUAGAAGACAGACGCCAAGCCAAAAGAGGACACUAUCACCUUCAGAAAAGGGAACAUCUGCCACUCCAGUGUCUAAAAAAGCAACAACUCAAUCUAAAAAACCCACCACAUCCAAGAAGGUCAUCCUGGCCAAAAAAGCCAUCGUUGCAAAAAGUGCAGUGAAGAAGAAAGACGCUGUCAGGAAGAAGAUUAUUUCAAAAGCAAAGAUGGCCAAAGCCAAAAAGACAACAAGGACUAAGCUGAAGAUAAACCUGCCUGUCAGAGUGAAGGAGAAUAAGACAAACAGAGAGAGACCUGAGACUCGGCCCCGGACGUCCAAAGGUUGGGUGAAGGUCACAGAUCCACAGUUACAGAACCCUGAGACUCGGCCCCGGACGUCCAAAGGUUGGGUGAAGGUCACAGAUCCACAGUUACAGAACCCUGAGACUCGGCCCCGGACGUCCAAAGGUUGGGUGAAGGUCACAGAUCCACAGUUACAGAACCCUGAGACUCGGCCACGGACGUCCAAAGCUUGGGUGAAAGUCACAGAUCCACAGUUACAGAACCCUGAGACUCGGCCACGGACGUCCAAAGGUUGGGUGAAAGUCACAGAUCCACAGUUAAAGAACUCUAAGACUCUGCCUCAGAAUGCCAAGGGAUGGGUGAAGGUCGAAGACCCACAGUUACAGAACCCUGAGACUCCUCCCCAUAAGUCUAAGCGUUGGGUGAAGGUCACAGAACCACAGUUACAGAAUCCUGAGACUCGACCACGGAAGUCCAAGGGUUGGGUAAAGGUCGAAGACCCACAGUUACAGAACCCUGAGACCAGGACCCGGAGGUCCAUGGGUUGGGUAAAGGUCGAAGACCCACAGUUACAGAACCCUGAGACUCGACCCCGGAAGUCCAGGGGUUGGGUAAAGAUCACAGAUGCACAGCUACAGAUCCCUGAGCCUCGACUACGAACCCCAGACACACAGCACCGGAAUUUCAAGGGAUGUGUGAAAGUCACAGAUCCACCAUUAAAGACCCGAGAGUCUCGGCUACGGAACUCCAAGGGUCGGGUGCAGAGCACAGGGUUGCAGCUACAGAACACUGAGAUUCAGCUCCGAGCUCGAGAGUCUGGGCUUCAGACCCCAGAGGUUGAGCUCCAAACCUUUGAGACUCGGUUACGAAGACCAGAGACUCGGCUUCAGAAUACCAGCACUUUGGUGAAGGUCACAGAGCAACAGCUUCAAGCCCCUGAGACUCCGCUCAGCACAUCAGAGACCAUGUCAGAACCAUGUCCACAGAGCCAAGAGGCCUGUCUCCAAACCCCCGAAACACAACGAAGAGUCCCAGAUAUUCAGUCGAGUGUAACAGAGAUGCAGGUGCAACCCCCAGAGCCACAGCUCCAGAACCCAGACUUUCAGAUACUAAAACCCAAAACUUGGUUGAGGGUUACGGUGCCUCGGCUUCAGAGUUCUGAGACACUCCUGCGCAAACCUGAGAUUCGGCUUCAAAACCUCAACGUCUCACCCUUAAGAUGCAAAAACCUACCUUCUGAACUACAAGACGACUCUCCAGUUGAACCCCAAGCUGCUACCCAUGAAUCCAUUGGAGACCCAGGGGCAACUCCACUGGAACCCCAACUCAUCACUCCAGGUGAGCCCCAACACGCCACUCGUGUUGAGCCCCAACACGCCGCUCUGCCUGAGGUGACAACAAGGAAACGGGAAGCAGAACGUGAGGGAGAAAAGAGAGUGCUGAGGCGGAGGACAGAAGAGCAGAAGGACAGAAAGGAAACGCCUCAGAAGAAAGAGACUGAGAAGAAACAGAGGAAUGAUGAACGGAAGGAUAGAGAGAGGCAAAGGAAGGAGGAGGAGGAGAUUAUACCAGCUGUCAAUAUCUCCAGCCUUGCAGCCUCAAAAAGGAAACGAAAGGAAGAGAAUCGCUGCCUUUUGGAGCCAGAAAUAAAUGAGGCAGGAAAGAGGAAAAGGCAAGAGGCAGACAAGGGAGGACAGAGAGUGCUGAGACGGAGGACUGAAGAGCAGAAAGGAAAGAGGGAUGCAGAGGAGAAGAAAGAGAAGAAUUCACCAGAGGUUGAGUGGACGGCUGGAGAGAAGCUGGGGGGAAGGGAGUACAUGGAAGAGAAGAGGAAGAGAGAGGGGGAUGAAAAGAAGAGAGAGGAACAGAUGGGGGAGAGGAAGAAGAAUGAUGAUGGAGUAGAGAAAGUGUCUAAGAAUAAUAGAGAGGAUGCGAAUGAAAAGAACGAGAAAGGAGAGCCGGGGACAGAGCAGAAGAUUUUGGAGAAGAAGAAACAGGGGAAUAAAGAUUCAGUAGAGAACGUGACCGAGAAAAUGAGAGAGGAAGAGGCUGAGAAGAAGGAUACGGAAGAAGAGGGGGAGUCGAGGGAGAAGAAGGCUGAGGAGGAGGAGUCGAGGGGGAAGGAGAUGGAGGAGAUUGAGGAGGAGUCGAGGGGGAAGAAAGUUGAGGAGGAGGAGGAGAUUCAGGAGGAGUCGAGGGGGAAGGAGAUGGAGGAGGAGGAGAUUCAGGAGGAGUCGAGGGGGAAGAAGGUUGAGGAGGAGUCGAGGGGGAAGGAGAUGGAGGAGGUGGAGAUGACGGAGAAGUUGUUUGAGGAAGAGACAAAGGAGAAGCAGCUGGAUGACAAGCAGACGAAUGAUUAUCUAGGAGAUCAACAAAUUAAUGAGGAAGAGAGAAAGGAAAAAAAGAAUAAAGAAGAGGAGAAAGGAGAGGAGGAGUCGGAGUCUCCAAAACAAGAAGAGAUGGAUGAUGAAAAGAGGAAGCAAGUAGGAGAAAGAAACAAGACUCAACUAAAAACACUAUCAAGGAGUAAAAUGUUGGCAGAGAAGAAGACGAGUGUUUUAAAGUCUCUACAGAGUUUGGUCACGUCCACCAAAAGCAGAAAACAGACUCCGGUCAUAAACCAAACAGAGAAGCAUGAUGGGAAAGACAGAAAUGAAGCGAUGGAGAGAGAGAGCAGUGGAGAGAUGGUGCAGACAGACGAGCUGAGGAAAAAUAACAGAGAAGAGGAGAGAGUGGACAAACUAAGAGCUCCUGAUCUGUCCGUCACAGACUCUCUGCUGUACAGACUGCAUGGUGAUAUCAGGAUCUCCAUGACCCUUGAAAAGCCUGAUGUGAAUAAGUGUUUGUUGGCGCUGGAUGAGUUGAGUUCUGUGUCUGUUUCUUCACGACACAUUCAGAACCACAGUGAGCUCAUCGACACACUCCGAAAGAUGCGGUGGUUCCGGGGCAGCGAGGCGAUCAUGUUUAAAGCGUCUAUGCUGUACUACCGAUUUAAGAACAUUUAUCUGAUCGGAGAACCAGAGGACAAACUCAGCCCUGACUACAUCCACUCUCUGCAGGAGGCCAGAGAGAGACUGGAGGAGCAACACACACCUCAGAUUGUUGCUGAAGAGGAGAACUACACACACACCAGCAAUAUUAUCCAGCACAGUCACUCUGCAGCAGAGACAAGCUGAAACACACACACACACACACACACACGUCUGGAGUUCUUUAUGCCUGUCCAGAUGUGAAUCGGUGCUUCACGAUGAUCAACAAUAAGCUUGGUAUCUCUUACACAUGCAUUACACGUUCGUCCUAUUAACCCUGAGAGGAUUAAAGGAACAGUUCCAACACAAUGCUAACAUGCUAACAGUGAUCUGAAUAGAAUUAUGCACACGGAGUCGUGAUGAUGAGUGACCGGCCUCCGUUCACUGUUAGCAGUGUUAGCAUGCAUCAUUCCUUUGUUAUUAUUAUGAUCCACAGUGCUUUCGUUUGUUUUCACCUCUGCACACGCACUAGUCUGCAGGGGCAAACAUUAACCCCUGUUCGGGGCAGCUGAACUCUGGCUCUGUCUCAUUUACAGCAUUAAGGGCCCUUUCAUUAAAGGGUUUCUGUUUUAGACCUUUAAAGUGUUUUAAUUUUAGUUCUGCUUUAUUUAAAUCUGCUGCACUAGUCACUACUGAUUUGGCUGAGUAAACACACACACACACACACACACACACACACACACUAUUCUUCCUGAGAUUAACACACUAACAUUUCAUCAGUAUUACUUUCUACAGAUCUAAUAAGAUAGAUAAGACUAUCACUCCACACACACACACACACACACAGUGUUUCUUGUGUAAAUGUAGGAGUGUUAAGUGUGUGUUGAUGUUUUAAUCUCACUCUGUAGUGUCCUCUUUUUCCCCGGAUUAUUAAUUAAUUCGGCUGUUUCGACUCCAGUUUCAUUGGUGUAAACGUUCUGCAUUACAGAGACACAUCUCCUCUCACACCGUAUCACUACAGCAGCUGCUUUCCUUUUCUUUUUCAUCUCUUCUACAUGUGUAACAGAUGACGCCGUCGCACGCCAGCCUUUAUAGUGCAUUUUAAACAUUACAAAUAUUCCAACUUACACACCUUUUAUAAGCAUGUCGUGUUCCAGUAAUGAUGGGAUUAUUAAUGAAGUGAACUCUCGUCCAAAACCACUGUGCGUGAGAGCGAGUCUGUGUGUGUGUGUGAGCAGGUGACUGCAUGUCAGCCUGAGAGCGUGUGAGUGUGUGUGUGUGUGUGUGAUAAAGCAGGUGAGUGCAUGUCAGUGAGUGCGUGUAAAGGUGCAUUGGGUACGUUCAAUGAUUAAGUAGGAUUAUUAGUAGGAAUGAUUAGUUUUCGAUGUUUGUGUGUAUUCCAGGUUAUUUUUACAAGUAAGACAUUUUAAAAAUAGAUUAUUGCACCUUUAGGAUAUGAUUCAGAUUCUGAGAAUUAUAAAUUGUUAUAAAUACACAGAUUAAUCAGUGUGUUUAUUCUGAAUCUGCUACACACACACACACCUACACACUGCUUUAUGAUGUAAUGAUUAAACUGUGUUUACAGGAUUUUAAAAUUGUUGUGUAAAUAGUUAUGUUUGUUUGUGUGUGUGUGUGUGUGUGUGUGUGUGUGUCACACUGUAAAUCCACAUUGUUUCUGCUCGUUGUGAAUAAAAAUGUUGUUUGUCAUAA